UAAAUCUAUUUGGGCGUUUUGAGUAUCAUAUAGGAGAGAUGGGGCUAGCGUGGUAACUGUCGUCUGUAGGAAAGAAAGAGGAGAAACAAGCGAGAUGGGUGGCGGUGCCGCUGCAGCUAGGCUCCUCUUUUCGGUUGUCUGGUUUGCUGUGUUGCUGGGGACGCUACUCCUGGUUCAGGAAAGAGGAUCCGCGUGAAAGAGCAAGGUGGUGGUGGGUGUAUCUAUCAUUUUUUAAGCAAAGCGGCAGGCCUAAGCGCUUUGCCAUCAGACCAAGUAAGAAGCCUUUUCGGCUCACUAUUUUUGGGCCUUGCCUCAUGUACGCGUGCAGGGGAUGCCGUCUGGAUUGGCGGAAGUGCGAUAACUGAGAUUUAUGGCAUCCAAUCCAUACAUGUUCUGAAUCCUGAUCAUUCAGGCUGCAGAAUUAGAGAGGAGAAAUUCACGAGAAGCAAAAGAAGAGAAAAGCAAACGGAAAACAAAGGAAAUUUGCUUUGACAAACAAACGCUCUUUCCCUCUUGCCCUUUGCAGUUAGGGAAGGAGAGAGAGAGAGAGGCAAUCAACAGCCACCACUCGAAGAAGUGAAGGAAGAUCGCCGACCGCCUCACCAUCUACAAAUCUACUAGUUUGGGGAGGCGAUAAAUGACCAUGCUCUCUUACCCUUUCGUCCUUUCCUUUGCUCUUCUCCUGUCGGUGCCCGUCCUCUUCCUGGUGGUUGGCCCCCGAGUCCUUCCCAUCAAGCCGCCACCUGUUCUCAUCACAUUACCUGACGAACUGGAGGACCUUGCCCUCUUCCAACGUGCUGCAUCGACGUCUGCAACGACUGCCACCCACCAUCAACAGCGGCAGCAGGUCCUUCCUCCACCGGUGACGCCCAAGAUUGCCUUCCUCUUCCUCACCAACUCCGACCUGUAUCUCGCCCCACUAUGGGAGCGCUUCUUUCAGGGAAACCAGCAGCUGUACAACAUUUACGUCCACGCCGACCCUUCCCACCAUCUCAACCCACCGGGUGGUGUCUUCCGGGGACGAUUCAUUCUGGGGAAGCGAACAGAGCGUUCCUCUCCUACACUUAUCUCCGCCGCUCGCCGGCUCCUCGCGGCUGCACUCAUAGACGACGAAUCCAACACCUUUUUCGCCCUUGUCUCCCAGCACUGCAUCCCCCUGCAUUCUUUUCGCUUCAUCUACAACUCUCUCUUCUCUCCUCCUUCUUCCCGUUCCCCUUCAAAUCGGUUUAUGAGCUUCAUUGAGAUCCUGGACGACGAGCCUGGGUUGUGGGCGAGGUAUACGGCAAGGGGAGAGGACGUGAUGAUGCCUGAGGUGACCUUUUCUAGCUUCAGGGUGGGCUCACAAUUCUUCAUCCUGACGAGGGAACACUCACUGUUAGUGAUCAAGGACCGGCGGCUUUGGCGCAAGUUCCGGCUACCUUGUCUGAGGGUACAGUCGUGCUACCCGGAGGAGCACUACUUCCCAACCUUGCUCAACAUGGAGGACCCCUCGGGGUGCCAUCCGUUCACCCUUACCCACGUCAAUUGGACAGGCAGCACCGGGGGCCACCCGCACACCUACGGUGUCGACGAAGUCAGGCCCUCCCUCAUCCGCCGUCUCCGCCCUUCUGACGCCACCGGCUUUUCCAACUUCUUCGCCCGCAAAUUUUCCCCAGAUUGCCUCAACCCGCUGCUCAAGCUCGCUGACUCUUUCAUAUUUCAGGAUUAGUCCCACAUGAUGAUGAGGAUAGAAAAACUCUCUCUCUCUCGUCGACGCUAAUGCGCGAUUGAUGAAGAAGAGGGGGGCUUGGAUGGUGGUCUGUUGACCUGGAGUCAUCUUUGUUCCGACCGUCUGUCUCCUUUACCUUGUCUUCCUCUUUUUGCUGGUGGUUGCUUCUGCUGGUAGAUGCAUAUCAAAUUUCAGAUUGCGUAUACAUGUUUGUUUGCUUCCUCUUUAGAACCCACCUAACGUUGGCCAUCCCCAUUAUCUCCACGGUCUUCCCUUUUUUCUGUUGCGGGCGAAUGAUCCCGCUUUACUUUCAGUUUCAUAUACUAAUGGAUGGUUAUAUUAAUGGAUGGUUAUAUUAUCA